AACUCGUCUAAAAACCUCUAAGCGCGAACCAAUGUCCGCCGCCUUCCGCCAUUGCCGCCACCGCGAGCUCGAAGCCCUCCUCUUCUCCGCCAUCUCCUCCGCCUCCUCUAUUUCUCAGCUCAACCAAGCCCACACUCUUCUCUACCGCCUUGGUCUUCACCAGAGCAGCUACCUCGUUGCCAAGCUUCUCCGCCGCCUCGUCGACCUUCGUUCCCUGUCGAAUUCCUACGCCCUUGCCGUCUUUUCCCAAGUCCCCGCCCCCAACUCCUUCCUCUGGACCGCCCUCAUCCGCACCUCCGCCGCCGCCGCCGCCUUCGGCCCGCCAUGCCCUCAUCCCCUCGUCCUUUACUCCCUCAUGCGUCGCGCGCUCCCCCCUCCCCCUCCACUCUCCUUCACCUUCUCCGCCCUUCUCAAGUUCUGCUCCACUUCCCGCUCCAUCGCCAUGGGCUCCCAGCUCCACGCGCAGACCAUCUUCAUUGGCGGCUUCAAUGAAGACCUUUUCGUCCAGAACACCCUCAUCGAUCUCUACGUGCAGUGUGGCCAACUCGAUCUCGCUCGCAAGGUGUUCGACGAAAUGCUUGUUAGAGAUAUCAUCUCUUGGACUUCCUUGAUUGUUGCUUAUACCAGGCAUGGCGAUAUGGGUUCCGCGGAGGAGCUGUUUGGAGAGUCUCCAGUGAAGGAUAUGGUCGCCUGGACGGCGAUGGUCACCGGGUAUUCGCAGAAUGCCCGCCCAAGUGAGGCAUUGGCGGCGUUUGAGCAGAUGCGAAUGGCCGGUGUUGCCAUUGAUGAGGUCUCUCUUGUUGGUGCUAUCUCUGCUUGUGCGCAGUUGGGCGUCGUGAAACGCGCGGAAGGUGUUCGACAGAUUGUGCAGGACUAUGGAUUCGAGAAAAAUUUAGUGGUUGGCUCUGCGUUAGUGGAUAUGUAUGCUAAAUGCGGCCUCAUUGAUGAAGCUCGCAGGAUUUUCAAUGCAAUGGAUAAUCGGAACGUGUACACUUACAGUACAAUGAUCGCCGGACUUGCCUCACAUGGCAAGGCUCUGGAUGCUAUCAAAGUGUUUGAUGAAAUGACGAUGAGAACGGAGGUAAAGCCUAAUAGAGUGACAUUAAUAGGAGUUCUCACAGCUUGUAGUCAUGCCGGGAUGGUGGAAGCCGGAAGGCGAUAUUUCACAAGUAUUAGUGAAGUCUAUGGCAUUACUCCUGAUGCUGAUCACUAUGCUUGCAUGGUAGACUUGUUAGGCAGAGCAGGCAAUGCCGAAGAAGCUCUAGAGCUUGCAAGAACAAUGCCGGUAGAGCCUAAUGGUGGCGUCUGGGGUGCAUUGCUUGGUGCUUGUCGAAUUCAUGGAAAGCCUCACAUUGCAAAGAUUGCUGCAGAAAAGCUCUUUGAGCUUGAACCUGAUGCCAUUGGAAACUAUGUACUGUUAUCCAAUGUUUAUGCAUCUGCCGGGAUGUGGAAUGAAGUGUCAAAUGUGAGGAAGUUGAUGAGGGGAAGAGGGUUGAGAAAGAACCCGGCUUCGAGCUGGAUGGAAGCUAGAGAUGGUGUGGUGCAUGAGUUCUUUGCAGGUGAUGGUUCUCACCCAAUGUCACGCGAAAUCAAAGCUGCAUUGGAAGAGCUUAUAAACAGAUUGAAGUGUAGAGGUUACACGCCGAUAUUGAGCUCAAUUGUGUAUGAUGUUAGCGAAAGCGAGAAGCGAAGAUUGCUCAAUGGGCACAGCGAGAAGCUGGCAUUGGCAUUCGGUCUGCUCACAGUCGAUACCGGAGGAACUAUUAGGAUUGUUAAGAACAUUAGGAUUUGUGAGGAUUGUCAUUUGGUGAUGUGCCUUGCAUCUUCAUCAGAAAACAGAGAGAUUGUUGUGAGGGACAACAUGAGAUUUCACCAUUUCAAAGAUGGAGUGUGCUCUUGUGGUGGUUUCUGGUGAACAAUUACACCUGCAAUUGCCAGCUUGUGCUUGUUAUACAUCUACUUUGUACAGUUGAAAAUUAUUUGUAUUGAAAAACUACAAAUUUAUCAGUAGAGUUUACUGUAUUGUAAUUUUUUGAGGUGAAAGCAAAUAAGCAAUAUGUUUUUAGUGUUUCUCCUUGAGGAAAUAGAUAUACUGUGUAUUUAUUUAUUCAUGUAGUGUUGUUCUGAAACACAGAGAGACUGUUUUAAGGAUUCCUUGAAACA